AGAAAGAUACGAAACUUAAAUAAACAGCCCACAUUGAUUUCCUCGCUGAAGAUCUUUCCGUCAAGAAUACUCACCACACGUUUAUUCUACAGAAGCAAAAUGCCAUACUAUGCCGUAGCCAAGGGUAACAAAGCAGGAAUCUACAAUACAUGGGAUGAAUGCAAAGCCCAAACCAAUGGGUACUCCGGAUCGGUAUUCAAGAAAUUUCCCACUCAAGAAGCAGCUCAAGAGUUUGUGAAUUCGAGGUCGGGGAAUAACUCAAGUACACCAGUCCAAUCCAAAUCAUAUAGUUCUGGUGGAUCUUAUAGAUCAGGUGGCUCAUCUUAUAGUUCUGGCGGAUCUUAUAGAUCUCGUGGAUCUUAUAGUUCAAGUGGCUCUUCUCAUCCAACUAUUUCUUCCACUAGCUUUACUGUUGGUACCACUCAUCCAGCCAAAAAAACUACAAAAGAGAAGAUUUACGUGGACGGUGCUUGUCGUGGUAAUGGGAAGUUCAAGUCUCCUUCAGCUGGAUAUGGGGUUUUCUAUGGUGAUAAAGAUCCUCGUAAUGCUGCUGUCCCAUUAAAUAAAGUUUACAAGGGCAAACCUACCAACCAAAGAGCAGAAUUGUAUGCUAUGAACCAUGCCUUGGAGAAUAUUAACCAAGAAUUGAAAAACAACAAAGCUUGUCGUCCUAGUGAAAUCCAUUCUGAUUCCAAGUAUGCAAUUGAGUCUGUCACUAAUUGGUCUCGACGUUGGAAACAAGAAGGAUGGAAAACUUCCCAAAACAAAGAUGUUGCCAAUGCGGAUUUGAUUAAACCAAUGGUUGAAUUGAAAGAGAAAAUUGACACUCAAUACAAAGAAAGAUCAUGGGAACCAUUAGGAUUCACCCAUGUUAGAGGACAUGCAGGAAACGAAGGAAAUGAGAGGGCUGAUCAAUUGGCUAAUUUGGGUGCAGACGCAAUGGAAAACAACAGAAAUUAAUUUACUAUUUAGCAGUAUAUAGCUUAUUUUUAUGCUUAUUUUAUGACAACUUAUAGACUAUUCAUUCUUCUUUUUAUAAUCUCCUUGUUUAACAUUUUUGGCAAUGGUUCUAAACACUUGAUAUUCCUUAAAGUAGAUUUGAACAGCCAUUUCAAAAAGCCAGAAUGGCAAGAUUCGACUAGCACAAUGCAAUAAAUAGGCUUUUGCACCAUGAUAAAGAUUGAACCCAGGAUCGCAUCUGCUUUGAAUAUCAGCAACAAUUUGUUUAGCAUAUUUCUCAGGAGAGAUGUUCAAGUCACGAGACAUGGUGGCAGAAGCCUUGAAACUAGCUUCAGCUCCUGGCACAUUGUAAUAAGAAUCUUCAAAUUUAGCUGGCAAGUUUGGAUCAAAAAUAGCAGUAUUAACCCCUCCGGUAAUGACACUAUGAACUCUCACUCCAAAUGGCUUCAAUUCUCCAUGUAAUGUCAAAGCGUAUUGAUCAAUUGCUGCUUUGGUUGCAUUGUAAGCACUGAUCCAAGCAAGUGGAACUCUGGCCGCAACGGAACUAGUGUAAAGAAUUGUUCCCUUGGCAUUAAUAACUUGAGGAGCAAAAUACUUGGUCAUGUUGAUGUGACCAAUGACAUUGACAUUAAACACGUUAGUCAAAUCUUCUUCCAGGGUUUCAAUACCAGGACCAAUAACAGCAAUACCAGCAUUGUUGUAAAGCACAUGUAAUUUUCCUCCGGUAAUCUCAUUGACAGUUAAAGCUGUAGUUUUAAUUUCAUCAACCUAAGUAAUAUCAAGAGGAAGAGAAAUCAAGUCGUAUUCUUCUUCCAACGGCUUUUGAAGGUGGAUAACACUGGGAGGAGAACAACCAAUCACCUUGUAACCUGCUUUGGAUAAUUGCAAAGCUAAUUGGUAUCCAAUACCUUGGCAAGCACCAGUAACUAACGCGUAUUUAGUUUCAGACAUGAUAGUAUAAUCUUAUAAUAAGAAUUGAGGUGAUUAUAAAUAUAUCUGUAAGAAAAUUUUCAAACAACAAUAUUACCUGGUUUUAUAUCUACUCCAGAACAUAAUGCUCGUGAUUAUCCCAAAUCAAGUUCAAAGAGGAAUGGUAUGAUUCUCCAUUGCUCUCUUUUUUUUGUGUUAUAUUGUGAAACGUAAGUACAGUUGAUAUAACCUAACCGUUGUCAAAGUGAUUUUUAUUGAACAAUUAAAUUGACAGUACUUCACUACUCAAACAUGUUUACGAUGUUCAUUAGCAGCUCAUCGAAUCAACCAUAUCUAAUUUUAGUUCCAGAUGCUUAAGCCUCUCUAUCUUUCAGAUGUAUAAGCCUUUUUCGAAGCUUACUAAGCCCUACAAAACUUUAGAAAAGUCUAUAGCCCUGUUUGGCUGGUAUGGUUAUGAAAGUAGAUUUAGAUUUUUUUUUCAUCUCCUGACAGCAAUGGCUGCACCUGACAGCACUGAGCUUAAGCUAAAGAAAAUCUCUUAGCGAUGGUUGGCAGCAAGAAGAGGUAAUAAACUACUAGACUAAACCUUUAGUCUUAGUUGGUAUGACCCAGCUACCUGUGAAACCCAAU